CUUCCCUGCAGAAUGCGGGAGCGAGGUCCUUGUGUCUGUGGAGUUGGUGUGUGGGGUCUACUGCUGUCCCUCUGUCUGGCCUCCCUCACCCACGCGCACAGGAGCCACACUGUCCAUGUGAAGGCGGGGACGUGUGAGGUCAUAGCGGCCCACCGCUGCUGUAACAAGAACAAGAUCGAGGAGCGCUCCCAGACCGUCAAGUGUUCCUGCUUCCCUGGCCAGGUCGCCGGGACAACCAGAGCCAUGCCCUCCUGCGUCGACGCCUCCAUCGUGGUCCAGAAGUGGUGGUGUCAGAUGGAACCGUGUAUGGAGGGCGAGGAGUGUAAGGUGCUCCCAGACCUCACCGGCUGGAGCUGCAGCACGGGAAACAAGGUCAAGACCACCAAGGUGACCCGAUAGUCCCGCCCAUCCCUGUUGGGGGAAGGACAGGGGGAGGAGUCAGAGGAGGGGGGCGGAGAUAUAUGCAGCACAAUGGACCUAUCAGAAGAAAGGAUAUGCACUCAUCUGGAGUUCAUUUGGAAUAAACCUAUGGUGGCUACAUUGAAACAACUCUGACCAGGGAGCUGUGUACAAGCCAAGACUAUUAACACCACAGAACCCACAAUCCUUUACUUCACAGGACUACAGAACCCACUAACCUUUGGAUUAGAGAAAUACAUAGCCCAGUAACCUUGGGAUUAGAGGACUGCAAUCCCACCUACCUGCUUAUGUACCUUUGUCAACUGGUUAUUUGUGUUCAAUAUACGUACUGGAUUUUGGAUUAGAGAUUCUCUUCAUCUUGCAUUCAUCAUAGCCACAACAGACAGGAGGAAGGUGUAAAGAGACGCAACAAAAAUGGCAGCCCCAAUAUGUCAAAAUGGCGCUCAGAACUCUGGUAUAACAUGACCUGAAGUUGUUGGCUUGGCUCCCCGUGUUCUUGAAAAUAUUUCACCUGGUGUAUCUUACUGCUUACUAAAAAAAAAUAUUUUGACAGAAUAUGACCCUCCUACUACUUUUUAGAACAAUAAAACAAUGCAAAAUGGCUGCCAUUUUGUCAAUUGACCCCCGGUAGAUGAUUUAGGUUUUGUUUUAAUGGACACACUUCUGAGGGGAGAUGUCAAAGAAUAUGAAUUAAAGAAGCUGAAGAAAAAUGAAUACCAAGUAGAUGUUGCGGUAUAUUAAAACAUGUAAACGUGUAAAAAACAAACAACAACCUGGUACACAAAACCAAUUGGGCUGCAGUAAAUUGAAGCUCUUAGGUUUUAAUAUCUGUGUUUUUCAAAGCCUGUUAACUGCUAUUGAGUAAACGUGUCAGUAUUAUAUGAAAUGAAUAAAAACAAUUUCAAAAGAAAGUAGGGUAUCAGAAGAAUAUAAUACAGUUAUUUCAUGUUAAUAUUUGUAUCUUUACAAAUGUACCGUAUAUAUCUCUUCAACAUGUGUUCUAAUGUCGAAAACAACAAUAUUCAUCUCAUAAAUGCUCAUCCCAUCCUAACAGAGUGCUUGGCUUGAGCCAUACUAAUCAGCCUCAUAGGCAAAGUUACAGUAAGAGCAGUCAACUGAAUUAUUACUGGAUCAAACCAAAUCAUGUUUGUACAGAACAUUUCAUACAGAAUGAGUUAGAAAGGUAUGUGUUUGUUUGACGGUAUUGAACUUUUCCUGACACUCGACCUAUUGUGAAAGAGAGAUAGAGAUAUGUAGAGACAGGGGAGAGAGAGGGAGAGAGAGAGUCCCUCUGAAAGGUUACGUCAUAUUAAUAUGGCUCUCUGUCAGAACAAUCUUGUGAAACUGCUUCAGCCUUGACCAGACAUCUGUCUGCAGACCAGAGGGGGUUUAUACAACUCCUACUGUACAAUGACACACACAUGCCCUCAGCACGUAGAAAACCA